AGUGAGCAAGAGGGAACGGGGUUUCGACGGGCUUCGAUUUCUUCUCAUCUAUUCUUUUUUUUUUCAUUCAUACAUUCGUUCACUUAAAAAAUACCCUUCCCCCCCCUUCUUAGAACGCACCUUAUGCGAACACUGGUAUUUAGCAUGGCAGUAUCCAAGCCCCUCCGGUUUGCGCCCCUCAAGCAGGGCGUGAGCCCCUCACCCGACGCCCCUCGGCUGCAAGGCGUCGUUUUCGACGUCGAUGGAACGCUGUGUGAACCCCAAACCUACAUGUUCAGCCAGAUGCGCGCCGCCCUUUCCAUCGCCAAAUCCAUCGACAUCCUAGAGCAUGUCUACUCCCUCCCGACACCAGAAGCCCGCGAGGAGGCCAUGGAGACCAUCCGCGCCAUCGAGCGCGAGGCCAUGGCCGCCCAGGUCGCCCAGCCCGGCCUGGCCGAGAUCAUGUCGUACCUCGACGCCCGCGGCAUCCGCAAGGGCAUCUGCACCCGCAACUUCGACACCCCCGUCGCCCACCUCCUCGGCAAGUUCCUCCCCGACAGCCACUUCUCCCCCAUCGUCACCCGCGAUUUCCGCCCGGCCAAGCCCCACCCGGCCGGCAUCCUGCACAUCGCCAGCAGUUGGGGACUCAAUGGGACGGAGGUCGGGGAGGAGGGCGAGGCGGAUGCGAGUGGGCUUAUCAUGGUCGGCGACUCCAUAGACGACAUGACCGCCGGGCGAAAGGCGGGUGCGGCGACCGUAUUGCUCCUCAACGAUGUGAACGGCCACCUCGUGGAACAUCACCACACUGACUUGGUCAUCCGACGGUUAGAUGAACUGAUACCGAUACUAGAAGAGGGCUUCGAGAUCCGACGCUCUACGAAUCCAUAG